AUGUUCUUGGCCAGGGCGUCGCGAUACUCCCCUCAGCUCCGCGCCAGCUAUGUCGAGAUUUCCAACUACAUCCGCGGCCGACGACCGGCGUUGAACCGGGCUUUCUAUGCGCAGAGCUCCCCUCUACGAUCUUCCCAUAGCGAAGAAUCGGCUCACGAGGAGCACCCCCCAACUACCAAGAAUACAUCUGAGUUGCUUGCCAAGUUCAAGAACUCGAUCGAAUUCCCGUCCCCGACCUAUGACUUCGAGACAUUCCUCGCCAAUGCCCAACCCGACCAGGAGGUCGUUCUACAAGGCUAUGUCGGCAACCGCAGAGAGCUGUCCAGCAAGCUCGCCUUCGUCCGUUUGACGGACCCGACCAUGAGACACAGCGUGCAACUGGUCUCCACCAAGAAGAGUGGAACCCUGGCCGCGCUCAAAACGGUGCGCGCGCACAGCCCGGUGGUCAUCAAGGGCACGGUCCAGAGAAAGCAAGCAAAGGAUGCGGAGAUGGCCGAGCGAGACCCGUGGGAGAUCGUCCUGGGCGAGAUCCAGGCCUUGAAUGAGUUCCCGAACGACAUCGUCAUGACGGGAGAUCACGUCCACCCGCCCAAGCACCGCCAUCUGCAGCUGCGCUCGAGCAGCGAGCUGCGCGAGGCACUGCGGUUCCGGGCCGAGGCCCGCAACGUCUGCAGGCAGGAGCUGGAGCAGUCGCGCCCGGCGUUCGUCGAGAUCGAGACCCCGUUGCUAUUCAAGUCCACCCCGGAGGGCGCGCGCGAGUUUCUGGUGCCCUCCCGCAAGCGCGGAUUCGCCUAUGCGCUGCCCCAGAGUCCGCAGCAGUACAAGCAGAUCCUCAUGGCCAGUGGGAUCCCGCGCUACUACCAGUUCGCGCGGUGUUUCCGCGACGAGGACCUCCGCGCCGACCGCCAGCCGGAAUUCACCCAGCUGGAUCUUGAGAUGUCCUUCGCCACAGGCAACGACGUGAUGCAGGUGGUUGAAGGCGUGAUCCGCCGUCUGUGGUCGACGCUGAUGCCGGAGCCCGCGCCCUCGGGCCCCUUCCGCCGCAUGCCCUACCAAGAAGCAAUGAGCCGGUACGGCUCCGACAAGCCCGACACGCGGUACGGCAUGGAGAUCUCGCGCAUCGACUACCUGCUCCCGGUCGACCUCGUGCAGAAGAUCACCCCGCUCACGGACCCGGUCGUCGAAGUCUUCAAGCUCGAAGGCAACGACAACGACCCGGCGGCCACGCAGGAAUUCAUCACCCAGUUCCUCGACUCCCCCGAGGGCGCGCCCUUCAACGAGAACCCGGACGGCGGACCGGGCAUCUUCGUGGUGGACGCCCGCAAACCGCUCAGCGGACUGCAGCCCUUCGGCUUCGAGGCCGCCGAACACCUGGAGACGACGCUGGGCAUCGAGCACGGCGACCUGCUGGUCAUCCAGGCUCGGCCGCAGAACUCGCUGACGGGCGGCUCCACGGCGCUCGGCACCCUCCGCCGCGCGCUGCACGCCGCCGCCGUCGCGACGGGCUUCAAGCCCGCCAUCCCCGGCUUCGAGUUCAUGUGGGUGGUCGACUUCCCCCUCUUCACCCCAGCGGAAGCCGGCGACUCCGCCGAGGAGCCGGGCCAAGGCGGCGCCGCAGGCUUCUCAGCAACCCACCACCCCUUCACCGCGCCCAAGACGGCCGCGGACGUCGACCUGCUCCUCAGCGCGGACCCGACCCAGGCCACGGCGGACCACUACGACCUGGUGGUCAACGGGGUCGAGCUGGGCGGCGGCAGCCGCCGCAUCCACGACGCCGCGGUCCAGGAGUUCGUCUUCCGGGAGGUGCUGCGCAUGCCCGACCACCGCGUCGCCGACUUCGCCCACCUGCUCGGCGCCCUGCGCGCCGGCUGCCCGCCGCACGCCGGCUUUGCGCUGGGCUUCGAUCGCCUCGUCGCCGUCAUGCUCGGCCGCGACUCCGUUCGCGACGUCAUCGCCUUCCCCAAGAUGGGCCGCUCCGGCGAGGAUCCCAUGGUCAAGGCGCCCAGUCCCAUCAGCGAGGAGGCGGCUAAGAUCUAUCAUCUGGCGGUGAAGGAGUGAGUUCGCCGCUUCACUUGCCGGUAGUCGGUGUCUCUGUAUGUGUACGAAUUCAAUGAAGCGAG